AUGAAGCCGAUCACUUUAAUCACAACUUUAGUUUUUGCAACUUCAAUGCUUGCAGUGGUGCCUGUCAAUGCGCGUCCGAUGCACGCCGGUAUCAACUACCAGCGUUAUCUCACCGAGAUUGACACCAUUAAAGCUGAGACGGACGAAUGGAAAGCUAUGUUUGAGAAAACAUGCAAAGAGAACAAUUGGAUGCCUGAAUAUUCAACCGAAGAGCGCAGUUCAGUCGAUCAGGACGAAGAUUUGCGUCAGCGUAUCUUCAUGAGCAAGCAGGAUGUCCUGGAGGCACAAGCUGGGAACCCCAACGCCAAUUUCUCGAUCAUGACGCCGUUCUCGGCACUCACCAAGGAGGAGUUCGCUGCGAAGGUUCUCAAUUCAUACGUUCGAGGCAACACAACAAGGCAAACUCCUACUCCGUCGCCAGCGCCACCCAAGCGAUCGCUUCGUCAGCAGGAAACAUACACCUUUACGAGCAUGCAGGAUAUGAUCAACUCUCUGAUGCAAAGUCUUCAGCAGCAAAUGGGAGGCUCCUGGUCGAUCGCGACAGUGAAACCUGCCACCGACAACACGGACACUUCGACUGCCAAGCAGUGGCAUUGGACAAUCCCCGCUACCUUUCCAACAGUCGCACCGACCCCAGUCGCCCCAGCUCCAGCUCCUAACACUCCACCUCCAGCUCCUGUCACUCCGGCACCGGCUCCUGUCACUCCGGCACCGACUCCAGCACCGACACCAGCUCCGACUCCAGCGCCAACCCCAGCGCCAACCCCAGCUCCGAUCCCUGUUACAGCAAAGCCAAAGACUGCAGCUCCAAGGACUUACGCUCCUGUAACACCUGCCCCCGUGGUGGAGCCCUUGACCAAGAAACCUUCAACUCCGGUCCGAACCGAGAAGGCCGUUCUCAACUCUGCUAACUCGGUCGACUGGUCUGCUACCAAGUGCAUGUCUCCUGUCCAGAGUCAAGGUCAAUGUGGUUCCUGCUGGGCGUUCGCUUCGGUUGCUGCAGUGGAGUCGCUCCAAUGUAUCAAAAAUGGUCAAUCAGAGAUCAACAAAUACUCGGAGCAGCAAUUGGUAGGGUGUGACUCUCAGAACAUGGGCUGUGGCGGUGGUGCUCCGGUGUACGCUUACGAGUACAUCCAGAAGAACGGACUUUGUUCAGAGAGCGCUUAUCCGUACACUUCCAGUAAUGGUGGUGGAGUGUCUUGCAGUGCCAGUUGCUCGAAGAGUCAAACGGGAAUCACAGGCUACGAACGCAUCAACGAGGGCGACGAAGCUGGUCUCGUUGACGCUCUCAAGUCACAGCCGGUUGUCGUGGCGGUUGCCUCGGGUAACGCAGCGUGGAAGCAGUAUACUGGUGGUGUCAUGACCACUUGUGAAACUACCCAAGUGGACCACGCUGUGCUCGUGGUGGGCUAUGACGACAACACUUUCAAGGUCCGAAACUCGUGGGGUGAGAACUGGGGAGAGGCUGGGUAUGUGAGAAUGGCACGCAGCUCGUCCGGUAUGGGUACCUGCGGCAUGCUCACCGACAUGUCUCGUCCGAAGAUGUAGACACCGGGUACACGAAGCAUUGUCUUUGUCAUAAAUGUAGAUGCGUCAAAAAGCGAGGAAAACUCUAACCUGUAAAUAAUAGUACACAACGUCAUUGUUCUCAAU